AUGGCCAUUGGCACGAAGCGCAAAGCGAGCGUGGUCACUAAAGACACCGGGGGCAAGAGAUCGCGCUUCCUCCCUGAAGAAAAUCGCUCGAUCACAUCUGCAGCAGGCCCAAAAGCCAAUCCCAACUUAACGGAAGCUCAGUACAAAGACUCGACCCUUGAGAUCGAACAUGGCAUCGUUCUGCGACAAUACUAUCCACCCGAAAUGACCAACCAGCGCGCAUUAGAUUACACUGCAGGAAAAAUCGAGAGACCCAUCACAACCUUGAGUCGGGCCAUAGACACAACACAAUCUCGACGCGAUAGCGUUGCUGUUGGGAAUGCUGUAGUGCACUGGUUCAAAGCUGACACGCGCACCCUCGAUAACAAAGGGCUGUCUCUGGCAAGCGACAAGGCCAAAUCAGGAGGUGUUCCGCUAAUUGGCGUCUACCUGGUUUCGCCCCAGGAUUUUGAGGCCCAUUUGACUGCCCCCGUGCGCGUGGACUUUGUUCUCCGAAAUCUGGCUGUCCUAAAAAACGACUUGGCCACUCUAGAUAUCCCCUUAGUUGUUGAGACGGUGGACAAAAGGCGGAAUGUGCCGGGGCGAUUGAUCGAGCUGUGUCAAAAAUGGGGCGCCCGCCAUGUCUACUGCAAUGCCGAGUAUGAAGUUGACGAACUGCGGCGAGAGGCUUCAUUGACCUUGGAUUGCUUAGACCACGGAAUUGCCUUCAACGUUGUCCACGAUACCUGCGUGGUAGAGCCAGGAGAGCUGUCAAGUGGCUCUGGGAGCCAGUUCUCGGUUUACAGUCCCUGGCAUCGGAAAUGGUGUGCGUAUCUCAAUGCGCACCCUCGACAGCUGGAUGAGUAUCCUUGCCCUGAGAAAAACCACAAAACCGCACGAAAAAGUUUUCCACAAUUGUUCAACGUUGCGAUCCCCAAAGCACCAGAAUCCAAGAGUCUGUCCAAAGACGACGAGGUCAAGUUUCAUGCCAUGUGGCCCGCGGGUGAGCAUGAGGCACAGGCACGAUUGAAGAAAUUCCUGGCAGAACGGAUCAGAGUGUAUCACGAGACGAGAAAUAUUCCUUCGGGAAAUGGUACAUCGACCAUCAGUCCUCACCUGUCGGCGGGGACAUUAUCCGCGCGAACGGCGGUGAGACUAGCGCGGGAUGCAGCUCCGCACAAGAAGUUGACCGACGACCGCAAGCAAGGCCAUUCCAUGUGGAUCGGAGAAGUGGCCUGGCGAGAUUUUUACAAGCAUGUUCUGUGCCACUGGCCUUAUAUCUGCAUGAACAAACCAUUCAAGCCUGAGUACAGCAACAUCGAGUGGGAGUAUGACCUUUCGCAGUUCCAGAAAUGGACCCAAGGUCGUACAGGGUUUCCGAUUGUGGAUGCGGCAAUGCGUCAGGCUUCAACAACAGGGUACAUGCAUAACCGAUGCCGCAUGAUUGUGGCAUCGUUCCUGGCGAAAGACUUACUGAUUGACUGGCGAAUGGGGGAAAAGUGGUUCAUGGAACACCUCAUCGAUGGCGACUUUGCAUCCAACAAUGGUGGAUGGGGAUUUAGCGCAAGUGUCGGGGUUGAUCCACAGCCUUACUUCCGCAUCUUCAAUCCGCUACUCCAGAGUGAGAAAUUCGACCCGACGGGCCAGUACAUUCGCAAAUGGGUGCCCGAGUUGAGGGAUAUCAAAGAUAACAAGGGUAUUCAUGAUCCGUACGGCCGCGGCUUUGAAGCAGUUGCAACCAAGGCUGGGUACCCGAAGCCAGUGGUUGAGCACAAGGCUGCAAGGGAGAAGGCGUUGGCCAGGUACAAAGCUGGAAUCGGGAGGACAACGGCAUAGUUGUCCAGUGAGCAGGCGUUCGAGUGCCCAAUUCUGCAUCGCAGAAGACGACAAGGAAAGCAGAGAAACGGGCGGGUGUAGUCUGAUCGAAUU